CUUGAAUGAUGAAGGAUGUACUGUGACUUUUAUUCUAUAUAUCAUGUACUGGAGAUCCUCUUCAAGUUCAAGUGCAGGAAGCUAUAAGCUAGUAAGAAAUAAGGAAAACAAGAAGCAAGAUCUACUUAGGGAAAGAGCUAUAUCAUGGAAAAUGAUCCACAUGUUGAUACUUCAAAAAUUCUCUAUGAACCUUUACAAGGUGAAGAAGGAAAUGACACUGGUGAAAUCAGUUCAAAUGAAAAUGUUACUCCUUUUGCCAAAGCAGGAUUUUUUAGCACAAUGUCAUUUUGGUGGCUGAAUUCAUUAAUGAAGAAGGGUAAAACGAAAAUUCUUGAAGAUGAAGACAUUCCACAGUUAAGGCAGGCAGAUCAAGCACAGACCUGGUACUUAAUGUAUAUGGAGCAGAUGAGCAAAUUGAAUGAAAAGGGAUCAUCUAAUCCACCUUCAAUGUGGUCAAUGAUCUUUUCAUGCCACCAGAAACAAAUUUUAAUUUCUGGGGUUUUUGCAUUGAUCAAGGUAAUCACAGUUUCCACUGGCCCUUUGCUUCUUAAAGCCUUCAUUGAGGUCGCUGAACGCAAAGCUGCUUUUGCAUAUGAAGGUUAUGCGCUAACAAUGGCAUUGUUUUUAGCAAAAUGUUUAGAAUCUUUGUCGGAAAGGCAAUGGAACUUUCGAACAAGAUUAAUUGGGGUCCAAGUAAGAUCUAUGCUGUCUGCAGCUAUUUAUCAGAAGCAACUACGGCUUUCAAAUGAUGCUAAAAUGAAUCACUCUCCUGGUGAAAUAGUGAACUAUGUAACAAUAGAUGCUUAUAAAUUAGGCGAGUUCCCAUAUUGGUUUCAUCAAAUAUGGACAACAAGCCUUCAACUGUGUCUUGCAUUAUUUGUUGUCUACUAUUCUGUGGGGCUGGCAACUGCAUCAGCUUUAGCCGCUAUCAUAUUGACCGUACUCGCGAGUUCCCCAUUGGCCAAGUUACAGCAUAAGUAUCAGACAAAGCUCAUGGAACAGCAAGAUACAAGACUGAAGGCCAUCUCAGAGGCACUAGCAAAUAUGAAGGUCUUGAAGUUGUAUGCUUGGGAAACACAUUUCAGGAAAGUCAUAGAAGCAUCAAGAAAGGAGGAACUAAGAUCACUCUCAAUAGUUCUAUUUCAAAGAGGGUGUCAAAUGAUUUUGUUUUGGUCGUCUCCUAUUGUAGUGUCAGUGGUUACUUUCUGGUCAUGCUACAUCCUAGGAAUUCCACUUUAUGCUAGCAAUGUCUUCACAUUUUUAGCAAGUUUGCGCAUUGUUCAGGAGCCAGUGAGGCUCAUUCCUGAUGUUGCGACAAUGUUCAUCGAAGCAGAGGUUUCAUUAGAUCGAAUUACAAAGUUUCUGGAGGCACCAGAGUUGCAAAACAAACAUACAAGGCAAAAAGGCAAUGACCUAGAGCUCAAUUUGUCUGUUUUCAUCAGGUGUGCUGAAAUUUCAUGGGAUACUGACCCUUCCUCCAAGGCCACAUUAAGAAGCAUUAACCUAGAAGUUAAACCAGGAGACAAGGUAGCUAUUUGUGGAGAACUUGGAUCUGGAAAAUCAACACUUUUAGCUGCAGUUCUUGGAGAAGUUCCACGAGUCAAUGGCAUAGUUCAUGUUCAUGGAGAAGUAGCCUAUGUUUCACAGACUGCAUGGAUUCAAACUGGGACUAUAAGGGAAAAUAUUCUGUUUGGAUCUACAAAGGAUCAAGUCAGAUAUCAAGAGGUGCUUAAGAGGUGUUCCCUGCUGAAAGACAUUGACCUGCUUCCAUUUGGAGACCUCACUGAAAUAGGAGAAAGAGGUGUUAAUCUGAGUGGUGGACAGAAGCAGCGGGUUCAACUUGCACGGGCGCUUUAUCGGAAUGCAGAUAUCUACCUCUUGGAUGAUCCCUUUAGCGCUGUCGAUGCUCAUACUGCAACCAGCCUGUUCAAUGACUAUGUUAUGGAAGCUCUAUCGGAGAAGACAGUAUUACUUGUGACUCACCAAGUCGAAUUCCUUCCAGCAUUUAAUUCUAUCUUGUUAAUGUCUGCAGGUGAGAUCCUUCAAGCUGCUACAUAUGAUGAGUUGAUGGCUUCUUGUCAAGAAUUUCGAGAACUUGUCGAUGCACAUAAUGAUACGGUUGGUUCUGAAAGGAAUAGGGAAUAUGCUUCUGUAAAAACUACAACUGGAGUUUCCAAAGAAGAGAUUCAAAAGACUUGUAUCAGGGAACAACAAACAGAAGCUUCAGGAGAUCAACUUAUUAAGAGAGAAGAAAGAGAAACAGGAGACACAGGCCUCAAACCUUACAUUCAGUAUUUGAGUCACAGAAAGGGGUUUUUGUUCUGCUUCUUGACAGUUUGUCUGCAUUUCUUAUUUGUAGUUGGACAACUGAUACAAAACUAUUUCUUGGCUGCUGACAUCCAGAAUCCUUAUGUAAGCAAAGUAGAAUUGUUCACUAUCUACUCAGUCAUAGGGUUUAUCUUGGCAGUCCUUUUGCUCUUCAGGAGUUUCUGUCUAGUUAGAUUAGGUUGUGAUGCAGCAGAGUCAAUUUCGUCUACACUGGUCAACUCUCUUUUCCGAGCACCAAUGUCCUUCUAUGACUCUACUCCUCUGGGAAGGAUACUGAGUCGGGUAUCUUCUGAUUUGAAUACUGUUGACCUUGAUGUGGCAUUUAAAUUAGCUGUGUCACUUGGUUCGACUUUGAAUGCUUACACGAGUCUUGGGAUAUUAGCUAUUCUUACCUGGCCAGUCCUUUUUCUCAUCAUACCUAUGGUUUAUCUAUGUAUAGCUGUGCAGAGAUACUACUUCAGUACUGCAAAAGAGUUGAUACGAAUAAGUGGCACAACCAAGUCUUCGGUCGUGAACCACCUUGCUGAAUCCAUUGCUGGAGCCAUGACUAUCAGAGCUUUUGGAGAGGAAGAUCGAUUCUUUUCACAUAGUCUGGAUCUCAUUGAUGCAAAUGCAAGUCCUUAUUUCCACAGCUUUUCAGCAAACGAGUGGUUAAUCCAAUGUCUGGAAAUUCCGUGUGCACUUGUUCUCUCGGCCUCAGCACUUGCCAUGACUUUGUUUCCUCUAGGAGCUUCUUCCUCAGGGUUUAUUGGAAUGGCAUUAUCAUACGGUCUUUCAUUAAAUGUCUUUCUCAUCAUCUCAGUUCAAUACCAAUGCUUCAGAGCAGAAUCAAUUAUUUCUGUAGAAAGGCUAGAGCAAUACAUGCACCUUCCUAGUGAAGCUCCUGAGAUAAUAGAAAGUAGCAGACCGCAAAGCAACUGGCCCACUGUUGGUAAAGUGGAGAUACGCAAUCUGAAGGUCAGAUAUCAACACAAUGCGCCACUUGUUCUUCGGGGAAUAAGCUGCGUCAUCGAAGGCGGGCACAAAAUAGGGAUCGUUGGUCGUACUGGUAGUGGAAAGACAACUCUUAUCAGCACUUUGUUUCGCCUGGUUGAGCCAACGGAGGGAAAGAUCAUCAUAGAUGGCCUUGACAUCUCUACAAUUGGUCUUCAUGAUCUUAGAGCACAUUUUGGCAUCAUCCCACAAGAUCCAACACUCUUUAGAGGGUCUGUCAGAUACAAUCUAGACCCCUUAUCAGAACAUACCGAUCUACAAAUAUGGGAGGUUCUUGAGAAAUGUCAGCUCCAAGAGGCGAUUCGGCAGAAAGAUGAAGGCCUAAACGCUAAAGUUGCGCAAGAUGGAUCGAACUGGAGCGUGGGACAGAGGCAACUAUUCUGUCUUGGACGUGCAUUGCUGAAACGCAGCAGGAUAUUAGUUCUUGACGAAGCUACUGCAUCAAUCGACAAUGCAACAGAUGCAAUCCUGCAGAAAACUAUAAGAACAGAAUUUUCAGACUGCACUGUAAUAACCGUGGCUCACAGAAUACCAACUGUGAUGGACUGCACUAAAGUGCUUGCUAUAAGAGAUGGGAAAUUGGCAGAGUAUGAUGUGCCAUUGAACUUAAUGAAUAAGGAAGGAUCAUUAUUUGGGCAGCUUGUGAAGGAAUACUGGUCACGGUCAACGAACAAUGGUACCUACUAAAAAGAUUGGCAGGAAAGCUGCAACAUAUUGGUAUUUAGUAGAUGCUAAGUCUUGAAAAUCCAUCAAGAUUCGAAGUGUUUUGCUUGGCAGAAAUUGGCUUUGGUUUAAUACAGUAAUUAAUGUGUAUGAGAUUUUUAAAAGCAUUCUUAUUUGUGUGAUAGAAGAGUUGCAAUUUGUUAUUAAAAACCUGUAUACUUCAUAUAUUUGCAGCAUCAGCUAAUUCAAUAGACAUAGUUGUUAAACUUGACACAA